UCUCGUGAAAUCCAUUUAAAGCCUCCCCUCAGUUUACUUCAUUAAAACCCCAUUCCCAUUUCAUCCCCGUGACUGCAGUUAAUUUUCCCGCGGGCCCAUCCUCAUUAAACUAUACUAAAAUACCCCUACAAGUUUACAAAAUUUACCCACUAUACCAACCAAAACCCUCCGCAGCAAAGGGCUAAUUUCGUCAUUCCAAAUAAAGCCCAACGGUCCUAUAAAUCCUUCCGCUCCCGCCAGCUUUAAAACUCGUUCUCUCAAAAUGCGGAGCCGCGUUCUCCUCCUCUUCCUCUUUCUCCGGCCAUGCUUCUCAGAAUUUACAGUAGUGACGUCGGAUUCUUCUAAUCUCGUUGAUUCCCCCCAAACUGGUUUCUCGAGCCGAGCUCGCACCGAUCCGAAUGAGCAACGCGCCGUCUAUGAGAUCAUGGCGGCCACCGGCAACACCUGGGCUGCCUCCAUCCCGGAUGUUUGUCGCGGCCGAUGGCAUGGCAUCGAAUGCAUGCCGGAUUCCGAUGAUGUGUAUCAUGUCGUUUCCCUCUCGUUUGGCGCCCUUUCCGACGACACCGCUUUCCCCACUUGCGACGACGCCCCACAUGGCGGCGCCACCCUCUCCCCUGCCGUCCUUCGCCUCCCCCACCUCCGUAGCCUCUUUUUCUACCGCUGCCUCACCGCCAACCCCCAGCCGAUCCCGGCCUUCCUCGGCCGCCUCGGCUCGACACUCCGCUCUCUUGUCCUCCGUGACAACGGCCAUGUGGGCCCCAUCCCACCCGAGCUCAGCAACCUCACCUUGCUCCGCGUGCUCGAUCUCCACGGAAACCGCCUUGGUUACUCCAUCCCUUCAUCUUUUUCCAGCUUGAUUAAUCUGCAGCUUCUCGAUUUGAGUGGUAAUCAGCUCGGUGGAGCUGUUCCAGAGCUUAGUUCUCCCACUCUGAGCGUUCUGGAUCUGAAUCACAACCUCCUCCAUUGCCGAAUCCCCUCUUCUCUUUCCAACUGCGAAUCACUCCUCAAAAUUGACCUCAGCCGAAAUCGCUUCAUCGGUUCGAUUCCAGAUUCGUUAAAAAGCCUUCAAAAUCUAAUCUUGCUGGAUCUCAGCCACAAUUCUCUCUCCGGCGGCCUCCCCUGUUCUUCAAAAAACGGCUACAUUUCUCUACAAUCGCUCAUACUGAGCGGUAACCCCAUGAUCUCCGCGACGAUUCCUGAAGACUGUUUCGCGGGUAUGAAGAAGCUGAACACGCUUAUACUUUCCGGGAUGGGAUUGGAAGGGCCGAUACCGGAAUCCAUGAGCGAGCUGCAGAACCUUCGAGUGCUACACCUUGACGAAAACAAACUGAACGGCUCCAUUCCUGACAGUUUUAAGGGAUUGGAUAAGCUGAGUGAAUUGAGGCUGGAAGAUAACAGGCUAGUUGGGAGGAUUCCCUUUGAAAAGGAGAUGAUGUGGAGGAUGGGGAGGAAGCUGAAGGUAUCGAAUAACUCAGGGCUCUGCUUUGAAAUGGGAAAUGGAGGAGAUGAAGGACUGGAAUCCAUGGCGGGGAUAAGCUACUGCGAUCCGGAGACAAUGUGGCGUGUGGGGGAAGAGAACAGUGGGAGAGUGGGGACGAAGCACCUCUCGGCUUGGAUGGGCGGUGGUUGGAGGAAUUCUGUUGUUUCGAGAUCCUCUGCUGAGAUUCGUGCAAUCGGAGUUCUUCAAAUCUGCUUUUUAUUGGUGAUGUUCUUUAUAUUUUUAGUGGUUUGAAAGAAAACUUGAAAUUGUAAUAUAGUAGGUUGUGAUGAAAGGGAAGGAGGUUACGUACAUCUUUUAACCGUCAACAAAUUUUCUUCAAAUGAUUCUCUACACCAUCAU